CGGAGGCUGUGAGGCCGCGGCCCAUGGGAGCGCGAGCGCUCAGUCGGGUGGAGCCAGGGCGGCUCGGAGGGUCCGGGCUCGCUCCGGGUCCCGCUCCCGAGACUCCCGGCCCCUUCUCCGCCCCUCUCUCGUGCCCAGGUCCCGGCUAAAAGGCCCCUGCAAAGCCCCUACCGGAGCCACCCCAUCGGCAGGGGCGCGGGGAGGGCGGCCGGCAGCUCGCCCGGGAGCGGUUCCGGGUCGGAAAGCCGAACUCUGCGGUAGCAGCGCGGACCGAGGAGCGGCGGCGACAUGCGGUUCCGCUUCUGCGGGGACUUGGACUGCCCCGACUGGGUGCUGGCCGAGAUCAGCACCCUGGCCAAAAUAUCCUCGGUGAAGCUGAAGCUGAUCUGCGCCCAAGUGCUGCGGGACCUGUUGGGGGAGGCCAUCGAGUAUGACAAGAUCCUGAAGCUGACCUCAGAUGCAAAGUUAGAGUCGGGGGAUGUGAAGGCGACCAUCGCUGUCCUCAGCUUCAUCCUCUCCAGUGCGGCCAAGCACAAUGUAGACAGUGAGUCUCUGUCAAGUGAGCUGCAGCAGCUGGGACUGCCCAAAGAGCAUGCCAGCGGGUUGUGCCGUUCCUACGAGGAGAAGCAGAGCCCCCUCCAGGACAGGCUCCGGGCCUGCAGCCUGCGGUUGAGCCAGCUGGGCUCCGUGCGCUGGCGCGUGGAUUACACCCUCAGCUCCAGCGAGCUGCAGGAGGUCAAUGAGCCCGUGGUGCACCUCACCUUCAACAUGUGGGACAAGGAGUGUGGGAGGAUGACGGCUGUCCCCGUGACGCUCUCUGCUAACAAGUUCUGGGUGCUGCUGGCAGAGCUGAAGCAGGCCCAGACCCUGAUGAACACCCUUCUCUGAGGAGCUGGAAAACGGCCAGGAGGGGAGGCUGCAAUACCGAGUUUGAGGGUCCAGAUCGGAGCUCCUGGCUGGGGAGGAGGUUGUUUCCCUUCCCUCCGGGGGUCCUCGGGGAAGUUCCAAUAAAGUCCCGGUGACAAAGCUGA